AAUAAAUUGCACUAUAUUUAUAGAAUACUGUAAGGAUCCAAUUCGAAUUUUUAAAUUUCAAACGAAUUCCGCGCGCACAAGAAACGGUUAGUGAGAAGAAGGAGAGGUUGGCAACCAACCACCCCAAAGAAACAGACGUGCGCAAAGCGAAGGUGGUAUUGUCUUGAAAAAUGAGUCACUUCCUUUUGAUCGCUUGGAGAGAACAGACCACUUCUUUUCGAGCGCUUCGAGCAACAGGUUGUAUUUUUAAUUGUGAAUUAUUCUGUGCCUUUUGCUGUUGUUUUUGCGUUUCCAGUGUUGAUCCGUUCCAUUGGAAAACCUAGCAGCCACCGUUGAGCCAUUGGGUGUUCCUGAUUUCUCAUCGUUCUUACGACGAGGUUUUUGCGUUCCUUUUGGCGGUAAGCCGUGUCGAAAUCUUCUCAUCUUUGGAGAGAACAGGCAAAGUGACCAGCUGAAGAAAUGGCCGAAAGACGGGAACGCAGCAGCGAUAACCGUGACGACCCCGACUUCCGGAUCACGGACGUGUGGACAGAUCACACGCAAGCCACGACCUCCAAGGGUAGCCGAAGAAGUCCUAGCAGGGAACCGGAACGUUCCUCCGAAGGACGUUCGAGGAGCCCUAGCCAGGAACGCGGCAGACGCCAAGAGCGACGCGAGAGGACCCCAGAAGAACGACGCCACCGGUCCUACGAGCGAAGCCGAUCCAGGUCCCACGACAGGGGCUGGAGGCGAUACGCUUUGGACCUCGAGCGACGAUUGGCGACGACAUCUUUGCCCCGCCCUUCCUUUUCAGGCACGCGAAAGGAGACGCUGGAGUUCUUGCGGGAAUUCGAGGAUUACUGCGCCGAGACGCACACGCCCUCCUCCAACAAGCUGGGAGAGGUGUUGAAGUGCCUCAAGGGAGACGCGAGGACAUGGGCGACGGCCAGCCAAGACAGCUGGAGCACCUACGAAGACUUCCGCCACGACUUCGUGGAGUUGUAUUGGCCCGCACACCAACGCAGGGCCGUGGCUGAGGAGGUCCGGCGAGGACGUUUUGACCCCCACCGAGACGGACUCAUGGUGGACUAUUUCAUCAACAAGUACGGCCUCCUGAAGUCGCUGAUGUUACCAGACAGCGAGCUCGACACCAUAGACAGCGUCAUGAGGGUGUUCCCGGACGACGUCUGGAGCGCGUGGAGCACCAUUCCAUCGAGGGAAAAGAGUUUUGCCAGGGCUCAGGAGUUCCUCCUUGGACGUGGGUCCGGUCGAGAACACAGGGACUCUGACAGAGGGUCGCCCCAUCGAAGGCGUGAGCGCCGGUCACCACGACGCAGGCGUCGUGACGAUUCCAGGUCACAUGCUCCUGUCCCCGCGUUGCCUGCUCAGGCACCCUUUAACCCCUUUUCGCUUCCUCCGCCCAACACUUCGGGAAACGCCCGGAGGACACGUUGGUGAGGCAAACGUGUCUUGGUACACUUGGAAUCGGGGGGACGUGUCCAGAAGAAAGAAAAAAAAUUCGAUUGGCCUUCCUUUAGGUUAGCGUUUCCAGUCGCUACGCGUAGCUUCGCUCCGAAAACGCUGGGGGACGACUGUAAGGAUCCAAUUCGAAUUUUUAAAUUUCAAACGAAUUCCGCGCGCACAAGAAACGGUUAGUGAGAAGAAGGAGAGGUUGGCAACCAACCACCCCAAAGAAACAGACGUGCGCAAAGCGAAGGUGGUAUUGUCUUGAAAAAUGAGUCACUUCCUUUUGAUCGCUUGGAGAGAACAGACCACUUCUUUUCGAGCGCUUCGAGCAACAGGUUGUAUUUUUAAUUGUGAAUUAUUCUGUGCCUUUUGCUGUUGUUUUUGCGUUUCCAGUGUUGAUCCGUUCCAUUGGAAAACCUAGCAGCCACCGUUGAGCCAUUGGGUGUUCCUGAUUUCUCAUCGUUCUUACGACGAGGUUUUUGCGUUCCUUUUGGCGGUAAGCCGUGUCGAAAUCUUCUCAUCUUUGGAGAGGUAUGUUUUGAACACCUGUUUUGCGGCGAGUUUCAAGCCCCGACGAUACUUCUGACCUCGUGACGCAGCGACGCGUGCGCUUGUUUUUCCACUAAUCUCGUUUUUUUUAUCUUUCAUUUAAAAUCCAUCGCAGUAGGGCUUUACAGGAAGUGAUUUUUAGUUCGGGCCAUGCUUUAUUUAGCUAUAUUUGUGAAAUCUGUAUUUUGGAUGGCGGCAAACGAGUUGUUAUUUUCACCGUUCUUUGUUCAGGCAGCGGCCAUUUUGAAGCGUCCAUUUUGUUUCUUUUAAACGAGCACAUGUUUUAACUGAAUCUAUUGAACAAAUUAACAAACAUUGUGGGUCAUGGGGGGACGUGCCUUCUAUUCCUUUUAUUUAGCCCAUCGUUUAUACAACGCCACAGGAUUCAUCGUAUUUUGCAUCGCAUAUUUUCGACGCCUAUUAUUUGGAAUGACGAAUUCGUCCAACGCCAUUUUGCAACUGCAGCUUGUCUGCCAUGUUUGUUUAUGUGUUUUGUUUGGGGAAAUGUAUGUGUAAUAAUGGCCCACAAUGCAGCUAAAUAAUUUCACGUUUGAAUUUUAACCAAUAACUGACUGGACACGAAUUAAUAUUAAUCACAUGUAAAUCUGUUAACUUUACAAUCUUUCACCUCAUGCAAUUUGUCUUUGUCUCACAAUUUUAGCUUCAGUAAUUUUCUUUGUUGUAUAAUUUGAAUUGAAUGUACAUUCCAUGCUCUACAGUUUUGACCUAACAUAAUAUUUUAUUUGCACAAGUUUAUU